AUGAUGGACAUAACGUCCGCCAUUACGCUACAGGAGAAUCAAACCAAGCCGUUGGCGCUUUUCCUGGCCAUCAUACCCACCUUAACUAUAUUCGGCAAUGUGUUGGUACUACUGGCCGUGUGCAAGGACAAGUCGCUUCAAACGGUGACCAAUUUUUUAAUUGUGUCACUGGCGGUUUCGGAUUUACUGGUGGGUUCUAUAUAUCAUAAUUCAAAGUGGCAUGCUUAUUUUAAAAAUUUUUUAAAGGUUUUAUUUAUUUUAUUUUCAUUUUUUAUUUUAUUUUGAAAUUAAAAAAACCUUGUUUACCCGGAGGCAGAGAAGCUUUUAAAUAGUAUGAUAAGGGUGGGCAGGGUAAAAAAAUUUUUUUUUGAUUACGGGGUCGAUUUUUAAAUUUUUUAAAAGUGGGAAGGGGUUUUAAAUUUAAAAAUUCAAUUUUAAUUUUUUUUGUUAGGGAGGGUCGAUUUUUUCCUAAAUAAGGGAGAUUUAGCUACGUUUCAAAAAAAACCAAAAAAGUAAAAAAAAAUUUUUUUUUAACAAAAGUUUUAUGAAUAUUUUCAGGCCUAAAAACUAUAUUAUAGUAGGCGUCUGCCUCGUAAAGACGUUUAUUUAACAGUUUCUCUGCUCAAAAACCUAAUAUUAUAGUAGAUGUUUGCCCUCCCCAACAUUUCAUAAUAAUUAUUCACCCUAACCAAAACUUAAUUUCCAUAAUUCCAAGUUUUUUUUCAGGUAGCGAGCUGUGUAAUGACAUUCUCUGUUUAUUUUGAAGUAAGUUUUGUUCCGAGAAUGGUUGGUCGACCAAAAGUGGUCCGUAAUCCGGUUAAUAAUUAACAAAGAUACAUAAAUUACACUCUUAAAUCGUACCAGGCAUGAGAUUAGGCUGUUUUUGGAAUUGGCAUAGCUUUGUUGUUGGGAAGUACAAUAGCAAGCUAAAUAUUCACAAGAAGAGAGGGGUGCUAUUUAUAGAAUGUAGGGUAGGGUAGGGUAGGGUAGGGUAGGGUAGGGUAGGGUAGUAUACGCUAGCGUAUGGUAGAUUAACAUUAUGACUGGUUCACACUACAGUGACCAAUCGAAAUAAAGUAUUACCGUAAUUUAUAUAAUUGAACUACAUAUUACAGUACCCUUUAUCUUUAGUGGAACAACUUCGUAUGGGACCUAGGACCAAGUUUAUGUAAAUUAUACAUAGGAAUGGAUGUAGCAUGUUCUACAGCCUCUAUUUUAAACCUAUUUGCCAUUUCAUUGGACCGAUACAUGGCCAUAACUCAUCCCGUAGCCUAUGCUCAAUAUGGUUCUCACGCUCAUCGUGCCUUUAUUAGAAUCUUCUUCGUAUGGCUACUGUCGAUUAUUGUUGCAGUGCCAGUGUUUUUUGGUGCUAAUCAGUUAAAUGAGGGGGAGCAGGUUGGUAUAUUUGAUUUUUUGCUCUAUUUGGUACUGAUAGUGCUGUUUUUUUUCUCAAAGAAUUAUUUUUUAUGUUGCAGCUUGCAAAAUGAAGGGCGCAGCUUGAAAAGUUUAAAAAUUUAUUUUGAUGUUUUAAAGUUAGCCUAAUCCAAACUAGAAAAUAAUUUUUAAGAAAUGCGAGUUCACCAACGCCUACUUCAUCAUAAUAUCAUCAAUAUUAUCGUUUUUUCUACCAUGCGCAGCUAUGAUAAUAUUAUACUCGAUCAUCUUCUGUCGUCUACGACAACGAGAACUGGCUAGACAGCUGAGGAAGUCAGUACCACCUCAAAGUCGACAAGAGAGCGAACAUAUCAGUACGGCAUUACUGAGCGGUGCCAAUAUGGCCAGACAAGUUGGUCAACAAUUAAAGAGAAGGGCGGAUCAGUGGCUAUAUGAAUAUAGCUUUCCGGUAGGUAAAGGGGUGUUUUUGAGAGGGUAGGGCCGAGUAAGGUAAGGUAUGAGUGGGGGAGGGUAGAGCAGGCUAGGGUAGGGUACGGUAAGUUACGGUAGGGUACGGUAAAGUACGGUAGGAUACGGUAGGGUAGGGUACGGUAAGGUAAAAAAACAUAAAAAGGCAGGGUAUUUUAAUAUUUUUUUUUAUUUUCAGACCUCAUCUUACCCUUCAAUAAGCAGCUCAACCUGGGAUAACCUCUCUCAAGCCGCCGAUAUGGACAACAACAACCAUCUCACCGUGUCAAACAGAAUCUCAAAGACAUUUUCCUCUCCAGAAGUCAAUCUUCUCGACUCCACAUCAACUAAAGAAUGUCUCGAAAGCUCAAAAAGUGUGACUGAAGAUUUUUCCGAAAAGAUUCCAUUUAUCGACUCAGCAUCAAUGGACACAAUAGCGCAUAGGAACUACCUUAACAAAAAAGUGCGGCUAAAGAGUAUCAAGUACAAGAACAACAACUUUGGCAGAACGACGAUAUCAAACUUUCAAGUGGAGCAGAAGGAGAUCAACAAUAAUGUUAUUUCUGACACUUCUGAUGAUGAUAAUGAAUUGUCAAUGUUGUCACCGUUGAAUUAUCAGAAUCAUGUUUCUAUGAAAAGGCAGAAGACCGCGUUUGAUACUAUUUCCUUACCCAUAACAGCAUUAGAAAGGCCGAUUUAUGAAGGUAGGAGAGUGUCAAAUGGAUCUGACGAAUCACCGUCGCUUUUUAUGGCUGUUUUUGGCGGAUUCUGGAGGUCGGACGCGGUUGAGAAGGCAUUUGCAGCUAGGUAUCAGAACAAGUUGAAAAAGUCAGUUUUUAAACUUUACCGUAUUUUGGCACACUGUAAUACUUUAUUUACCCAGCUUAUUUUAGCUUACCCUACCCUACCCUACCCUACCCUUAAACAUACAGUAUUUCUUAAAAUAUACUGUACUGUCACUCACCAAAUUAACUCUACUUCAACCACGUUCUACCCUUCUCUAAAAAACCUUCAUAAAUUACCCCGCCUAUUCCGGCACUGUUUCACAUAAAACGUUUUUCUAUUCUGACCCAAAAUGCCCUCCGAAUCCUUAUCAAUCACUGUCAGAGAUAAAAUUUGUUGUUUUUUUCAGUGACGUGAACAAACCGUUGAGCCGGCUGGCAUUGAUGCGCAAACUUCUCGUGGGAAUUCGAUCCACCACAGCCAAGCCCUCGAGGCGACUCGUCAAAAAGGCUUCGAAACAAUUAAAACGCGAACAAAAGGCGACUAUCACAUUGGCCGUCGUGCUGAGUAGGUUUAAUGGAUAUGACAUUAUGGUCGUUUAAAAAUAAUUUAAAAUUUAAAAAGAGUUAGGGCUUAGGCUUAAGCUUAUUAUGAAACUGAGGCUAAGGCUUAGGCUUACUUUUAGGCUUCGGUUUAGGUUUUGGCUUAGGUUUAGGCUUAGGUUUAGGCUUAGGCUUAGGCUUAGAAUUAGGCUUAGGCUUGGGCUUAGGCUUAGGCUUAGGCUUAGGCUUAGGCUUAGGCUUAGGCUUAGGCUUAGGCUUAGGCUUAGGCUUAGGCUUAGGCUUAGGCUCGGGCUUUGGCUUAGGCUUUAGUCUUAGGGUUAGACGUAGGCUUAAACUAUAAAAGUAGGUUUAACCCUAAAAUUUGGCUUAGGCUUAGGAUUAAAUUAGGCUUAAAGUUAAAGUAAUGUUUAAAUUUUAGUUUAGAGCUAAAGUUAACGUUGGGCUUACUAUAAGUUCACUUAGGCUUAGUAAGCUUAACUUUUUUGACUUUUUUCAGCUUUUGGUUUUUUUCAAGAUAUGUUUAAAAGUAAUAUCAAUAUUUUUUUUCAGUGGUAUUUCUCGGCUGUUGGGUGCCAUUCUUUUCGUUCCAUUUGAGCAAUGCCUUAUGUAUUUUGUUAUAUCACUCAAACUGCGUUCACUUCAUGAUCUCGUUCUUAACGACAUGGUUGGGAUAGUAAGUUUUUUGUUAAUACACAUUAGGCUGAUUAAAAUACUUUUGGCUUAGGUACAGAAUUAAAGCCUACGUGAUCUUACAAUAAUUUUUCUAUUUAAACGACAUUAAUUAAAAAAUUUUCUUUCAGUUUGAACUCAUCGUUGAAUCCGCUGAUCUACACAGUGUUUGACCAUCGGUUUCGGCGGGCUUUCAAAAAGAUUCUUGGCUUCUAA